GAGGGUGACGAGAUUGUCUACCACGAUUUCGUUGACCUGGCCCGGGGCGUCGCUGUCGCGACGCCCAAGGGCUUGGUCACCACAGUAGUAAGGAAUGUUGAGGACAUGGGCUUUGUUCAGAUCGAAAAAGGAGAUUGCUGCUCUCGGAAAUAAGGCCAGGGAUGGUAAAUUGACUCUCGAGGACAUGGCAGGAGGCACAUUCACCAUUUCCAAUGGUGGUGUCUUUGGCUCGUUGUACGGAACGCCCAUCAUCAACCUGCCACAGUCUGCUGUGCUCGGCAUGCACGCGAUCAAGGACAAACCUGUCGUUGUAAACGGCCAGAUCGUCGUCCGACCUAUCAUGGUCGUCGCCCUCACCUGUGACCACAGACUACUCGAUGGUCGGGAGGCAGUCACCCUCCUAGUCAAGGUCCGAGACUACAUCGAGGACCCUCGGAAAAUGCUUCUUGAAAGUUCUUGCAUUGAGCUGAGCCUUCCGCGACUAUUUUAUGUUCUUAUUUAUUCCAUCUGUGAUGUACUACAUCGAACACCAGGCCAUAAUUGGACUCCUUCAUCCAAAGAUGAGGCUCUGAUAAUUCGCAGAAAGUCAACGAGUUAUGUCCCUUCAUUUAUUGAUUCCCUUACACUGCUAUAUUCGCUUGUAUUUAUUGUCAACGUUGUUAACCAUAAUACAGCAAAUACUUGGUCAGAGCUUGCACGAAGCAAACCUAAUUUAAAUCAUUGA